CACAAUCAAGAAUAUGAUGUGUCUCGCUACAUCGUCGAUUAUACCAAGCAACGAAAGGAAAUUUCGCGGCCAGUGACUGACUCGUCCUAUUCGUGAUAUACGGCAGAAAGCAAAGGGAAUCAUUGUCUAAUCUUUCUUCCACCAUACCGACAUGCUCAGAAGCCAACUUCGACUACCUCGCGUCCCCCUUCAAUCUGUUUAUGCAGUACCGAGUCGCCCAUCUCGCCGAUUUUCACAUGCGUUUCCUACAGACGUGCCCCCACUCCGACAACGUAUUCGUCCUCUUGUUCCGUUUUUCAUAUACUGGACAAUCAUCACUUCCCUCGUCGUGCACCUCAUGCGAACUCGUCAAGAUACUGAAGCAUCACUUGCGCGGCAACAGGCGAAGAUCACCGUUCUCAGUGAUCUGAUCGCGAAACUGCAGAGAGGAGAGACUGUCGAUGAAGGAGAGAUGCAAAGAGAGCUUGAGAUGGUGGGUUUGAGAGAGAGGACAAGUGCUACCCUCGCACUUGAUAAAGAAAUGAGGAUUGUCGGAGAUGUGGGAUGGCGGGACAUGCUUUUCGGUAAAAGAGAGAGAACCGCCGAAGAUGAAGCAAAAGAGGAGAGGGUAAUCGAAGAGUGGGCAUCGGUCAUCAACGAGACGGCCAAUGCCCCCCCUCCGCCGUCCUCGGCAAAUUCAAGCCCUCGUCAAGUAGAGCAGCCGCAAAAUCGAGCAGGAGUAGCCAAGCGAGCUCCUGGAUCGAACGUAUAUCUAUGACAUUCUUAUGCUUCUUCAUUCAUCUUUUGAUUAAUGUCUAUAAA